CCUGUGAGACAUAAGGAAAUCAGCCAUGUGCCCACCGUGCAGAUGCAAGUGGGAAUCGGGCUGUGUCCGCAGACUGGACACUUUCAGUUGUGUUUACCUCCUGUGCUUGGCUCUGUGGCUAAUCCUGGGCUCGUGUCAGCGCUACGACCCCGGCACUAAGCACCCCGUAGUCAGCACCAACUAUGGAAAGCUGCGUGGAAUCAAAAAAGAACUAAACAAUGAGAUCCUAGGACCGGUGGAGCAGUACCUGGGUGUGCCGUAUGCUACGCCACCCAUCGGUGAUCGCAGGUUUCAACCCCCGGAGGCUCCUGGCUCAUGGCAGGAGGUGCGCAAUGCCACCCAGUUUGCACCCGUGUGCCCGCAGAACCUGCAUGGUGUGCUACCUGAGAUUAUGCUGCCUGUGUGGUUUUCUGACGGUUUGGAUGUGGCUGCUACGUACAUUCAGAACCAGAGCGAGGACUGUCUCUAUCUUAAUGUCUACGUGCCCACCGAGGACGUGGGCAUCAGGUCCUUUAAUGAAAAUGACAGAUUUUCAUCUUCCAAAGGGGGGCGUGACAGAAAAAUCCAUGAGCAGAGAGGCUUGAUUCAUAUCCGUGACCGCAGGAAGAAGCCGGUCAUGCUGUUCAUUCACGGCGGCUCUUACAUGGAAGGAACUGGAAACAUGUUUGACGCAAGCGUGCUGGCAGCCUAUGGCAAUGUCAUUGUGGUCACCAUGAACUACAGACUGGGAGUGCUUGGAUUCCUCAGUACGGGAGACCAGUCUGCUAAAGGCAACUACGGGAUGUUGGAUCAGAUCCAAGCGCUGCGCUGGCUGAAUGAGAAUAUCGGCCAAUUUGGAGGGGAUCCAGAGCGAAUCACCAUUUUUGGCUCGGGAGCUGGUGCCACCUGCAUCAACCUGCUUAUCCUUUCUCACCACUCAGAGGGUCUCUUCCAAAGAGCCAUCGCCCAGAGCGGAUCAGCGAUCUCCAGUUGGUCUAUUAAUUAUCAGCCACUAAAGUACACAAAGAUCCUGGCGAGGAAGGUGGGCUGCUCAUACACUGAGACGGCCGAUCUGGUAGACUGCCUAAGGAAAAAAAGUUUCAGGGAGCUGGUGGAUCAGGACAUUCAGCCGGCACGCUACCAUGUUGCCUUUGGCCCAGUGGUGGAUGGAGAUGUGGUCCCUGAUGAUCCUGAGAUCCUUAUGCAGCAGGGGGAGUUCCUGAACUAUGACCUGUUGAUUGGUGUGAACCAAGGUGAGGGGCUGAAGUUUGUAGAUGAUAGUGGCUCAGAGAGCGAGGAGGGAAUUUCAGCAGCAGCUUUUGAUUACACUAUCUCCAACUUUGUGGACAACCUCUAUGGAUACCCUGAAGGCAAAGAUAUUCUAAGAGAGACUAUCAAGUUUAUGUACACGGACUGGGCAGAUCGUGAUAAUGGGGAAAUGCGCCGAAAGACUCUGCUGGCACUAUUCACAGACCACCAGUGGGUCGCUCCAGCUGUGGCCACUGCUAAGCUGCAUGCAGAUUACCAGUCUCCAGUGUAUUUCUACACGUUCUAUCACCACUGCCAGACAGAGACACGGCCAGAAUGGGCAGAUGCCGCGCAUGGAGAUGAGAUCCCGUACGUGUUCGGUGUGCCCAUGAUCGGAGCAACAGACCUGUUUCCAUGCAACUUCUCCAAAAAUGAUGUCAUGCUCAGUGCAGUGGUCAUGACCUACUGGACAAACUUUGCCAAGACUGGGGACCCUAACUUACCAGUCCCCCAGGACACCAAGUUCAUCCAUACAAAGCCAAAUCGCUUUGAGGAAGUCAUCUGGACCAAGUUUAACUCAAAAGAUAAGCAGUACCUGCACAUCGGUCUGAAGCCACGCAUCCGUGACAACUACCGCGCCAACAAGGUGGCCUUCUGGCUUGAACUGGUGCCUCAUCUGCACAACCUGCAUGAACAGCUGCUAAGCUCAAGUACCACCCGUUUACCCCAGGGCACUACAAGGCCUCCACACUGGACGAGCCCUGGUGCCCGUGUCACUCGCCCACCUUACCCCACCUUUCCUCCAGAGUCGGACCCUGAAGGCUCAGAGCGACCACGUUUCUCUCCAUUUCCGGGUGACACCAGAGAUUACUCCACUGAGUUGAGUGUCACGGUAGCGGUGGGUGCAUCCCUACUAUUCCUGAACAUCUUGGCAUUUGCUGCACUAUACUACAAACGAGACCGGAGACAUGAAACGCGGCGUCACCGCCUAUCCCCGCAGCGUGGUGUGCCUGCAAACGACCUGGCACACAGCCAGGAAGAAGAGCUCAUGUCACUGCAGAUGAAGUGCUCUGAGCAGCAUGAUGUGGAGCCUCUCCGACCAGCAUGUCCACCAGAUUACACGCUGGCACUGCGGAGGGCACCUGAUGAUGUCCCUCUGAUGACGCCCAACACCAUCACGAUGAUCCCCAGCAGCAUUGCGAGCAUGCAGCAGCUCCAUGCCUUCAGCGCCUUUCCGUCCACCACUGGGCACAACAACACGCUGCCUCACCAGCACUCCACCACUCGUGUAUAG